AGUGCAAACACCAUUUCUUCUGUCUGGUCAUGUUCCCUCUCUCGGCAGGCAGGACCAGUAAAUAGCACCAUGUUCGACAAUAGCUCUACAACAUUAGACGGGGAUGGUUGUUAAUACGAUGUGGUUAACUAUGAACCUAGGUAUUUAACCCCUGAUUGACUCUCCAUAAUCCCCAAGGAUUCCGUCUUACUAUUCAACUGAGUUAUACUACCAAUGACCGAGUUUUGGAAAGGAGAGAGUCCAGAGGGCGAAUGUAGAGACAGGCUUUCACUACCUGUGUCCGGCUGUAGACAAGCAAGAAACGGCGGGAUGAAUAAUCAAGUGCGGAGAACGUCCCGCACUGAUUACCCAUAAGUUAAGCUUCAACCUCGAAGGUUCUCUAGGUGUCCUGGUAUCUUACCUUAAGCUUAAUUCACCGUCUCUGUCUUACUCUAGACGCACUAUACGAAAUGCGUUCCGACCUUCCAUUACCUGCCGCCUCGGUGGAAGCGGCAGGAAGUGAACCAGUGUCGGAACAGACCCCUCUUCUUCCCGACCAGGUCCCGAGUACGUCGGCUGAAGCCCGGGAGCCCAACACGAAGGAAUUGCUUCUGGUUAUGGGGAGUAUCUGGGUUGGGGUCUUUCUGGCUGCCUUGGAUACUACCAUUGUUGCAACUCUGUCGGGUCCAAUAUCAUCCUCAUUUAACUCGUUGUCUUUGCUGUCCUGGCUAGCUACAUCUUAUCUGAUUUCCAAUGCCGCCUGCCAGCCACUGAGCGGGCGCUUGACUGAUAUCUUCUCCCGAAAAGCGGGGUUGAUCUUUUCAAACGUGUUCUUUGCGGCAGGGAACUUGAUCUGCGGUCUUGCUAAAGACCAAUGGACCAUUAUCCUCGGACGCGUUGUCGCCGGCAUUGGAGGAGGUGGCUUAACCGCAAUAUCGACGUUUGUCACUUCAGACUUGGUGCCCUUACGCAAGCGUGGAGUCUGGCAGGGAAUUGGCAACAUUUGCUAUGGCGUUGGAAGUGGCUUAGGCGGUGUAUUCGGUGGAUGGAUCAACGACACCUUGGGCUGGCGAUGGGCAUUCCUGAUACAGGUCCCUUUUGUUGUGGUAUCUGCCAUCUUAGUCGGCUUUACCGUCAAACUGCCCGCAAAAGAAGCCCAAAAAGGCAAAUUGAGACGUGUUGAUUUCCUUGGGGCGAUCACGCUAGCCUCUACCCUCAUUCUGUUUCUCCUUGGUCUCAACACUGGGGGUAAUCAGCUGCCUUGGACUCACCCUCUUAUUCUCACAACUUUGCCGCUUUCAGUUGUAUCCCUGGGUGUUUUUAUAUACAUUGAAGCGAAAGUCGCAUCCGAGCCGAUUAUUCUAGUCCGUCUACUUCUCGACAGGACCGUUUUAUCUGCAUGUCUCACCAAUUGGCUCAGCACAAUGACCAUCUUUGGGGGUCUCUUCUACCUCCCGAUCUACUUCCAAGUUCAAGGUCUAUCUGCCACAGCGUCCGGCGCCAGGCUAAUCCCUCAAGCGAUUGGAACCUCCAUUGGAUCACUAGGAUCCGGUAUCCUGAUGCGUUCGACUGGCCGGUACAAGGUCUUGAAUCAUAUUUCCAUGUUCAUCUCCGUCGUCGCCUCCGCCCUGGUCUGCACUCUCACCCUCGAUACGCCUUCCUGGAUUCCACUGAUAUUUAUUCUAUUCAUCGGUUUCGCUUACGGAAGCAUACUCACGAUUACCUUAGUAGCUCUGAUCUCUGCAGUAGAUCACCAGCAUCACGCAGUUAUAACUUCCGCGUCCUACGCAUUCCGUAGCACAGGAAGCACUAUAGGCAUUACGAUUGCCUCUGCCCUUUUCCAAAAUAUCCUGAAGCUAGGCCUCUGGUCUCGCUUCGGCAACCGUGAACAUGCUGGGGAGAUAAUCUCACGCAUUCGAGACAGUCUCGGAGAAAUCCGACAGGUACCGGCAGAUUGGAUUCCAGGAGUCUUAGAUGCGUACAUGGACGCAUUGCGGUCCGUAUUCAUUACACUCCUCGGAUUUGCUGUUCUGGCAGCAUUGGUUAGUCUUGGAAUGCGAGAGCAUAAGUUACAUAACAACCUCGCCCGGAGGGAUGAGUAAGAGGGACACCACUGUCUCCCUUUGAGGGCGGGCUGUUCUCGGGAGACAUAAAAGUACACAUAGAUAUUCACCGAAGCACUAGAGAAACGAGGGGGGUUGGAAGCAAUGAUAUAGAGAAUCUGAAGAGAAUUUGAAAAAGACAUGUAUUGAGCCAGCAGU